CACACGAGUGUCUCAGAACUGCAGGAUGCAGCAUUGUCUGCUCAGGAUGUGAAAUCCACAGUCUGUGGAUGAAGUUUGUUGUGUCCAGCACAGGCUAAUGAGACUGAGUGGGAUUUAGCUUAAAGCUAAAUUGAUUAUGAAUACAUCUGAGGAGCCACAGGAGCUUGGAGCUCAGUUCAGCUCAUCAUGUUCAGUGUUUGAGAGCCCCUCCUUAGCUUGUUACUGGGACAAGUCCUGAACGGGAACGUGUCCCGACCCUGCCUGCAGUCGGCUCUGUGCCCUCCUUGCUUGCAUUUGGCUGCGGUUUGUGGUCCGGGAUUUUUCCGAGGGUCCCCGGCCCCGAGGGGCUCUCGGAGCAGGGAGCGGUGCAAAUGGUGGCGACAUCGAGACUACAACUCCCAGGGUGCUCUGCGCAAUGUCGCGCUGUGACGUCAUUGCUGCGCCAGGGAGCCUGUGGAGCGCGGCCGGAGCCCCGGGACAGCCCCGGCGGGACGGGACAGGACGGGACGGGACCGGAGGGCGAGGGGCGAUGGCUCAGGACAGCGAGGGGCCUCCGGCCAAGCGGUUCAAGGCAGCGGCCCCCGGCACGCAGCCCCAGAGCGCCAUGCCUCCCGCACACGUGCAGCGCCGCUCCCUGCCCAUCUCCGGAGCCCGCGGCCCGCUGCUGGCCCGGCUCCGCCGCCUCGACACCGCCGUGCUCAUCGGAGAAACAGGCUCAGGGAAGACCACUCAGCUCCCUCAGUACCUGUAUGAAGUGGGGAUUGGCCACCCUGGCAUCAUCGCUGUGACCCAGCCCCGCAGGGUGGCAGCUGUCACCCUGGCUGCCAGAGUCGCCGAGGAGAAGAGGACGGAGCUGGGGAGGCUGGUUGGCUACACCGUGCGCUUCGAUGAUUGUUCGUGCGCCGAGACCAGGAUCCGGUUCCUGACGGACGGAAUGCUGCUCCGAGAGGCCAUCGGGGACCCUCUGCUGCACAAGUACAGUGUGGUCAUCCUGGACGAGGCCCACGAGAGGACCAUCCACACUGAUGUGCUCUUUGGAGUGGUCAAAGCUGCGCAAAAGAAGCGAAAGGAACGAGGCCUGCGGCCCCUGAAAGUGAUUGUCAUGUCAGCCACGAUGGAUGUUGACCAGUUCUCCCAGUAUUUCAAUGGAGCUCCUGUCAUCUAUCUGGAAGGCCGGCAGCAUCCCAUUGAGAUCUUUUACACCAAGGAGCAGCAGAGUGACUACCUGCAGGCAGCACUGGUGUCCAUCUUCCAGAUCCACCAGGAAGCCCCUGCGUGCCAGGACAUCCUGGUGUUCCUGACUGGUCAGGAAGAAAUUGAAGCAAUGACCAAAACCUGUCGAGAUGUUGCCCAGCAUCUCCCCGAGGGCUGCCCACGGAUGACAGUGCUGCCCCUUUAUGCUUCUCUGCCCCAUUGCCAACAACUCCGUGCCUUUAAACCUACCCCAGAGGGCUGUCGCAAAGUGAUCCUCUCCACCAACAUCGCAGAAACCUCCAUCACCAUUGCGGGGAUAAAAUUCGUUGUGGACACAGGCAUGGUCAAAGCCAAGAAGUACAGCCCUGAAACUGGGCUGGAAGUGCUGGCAGUGCAGCAGGUGUCCAAGGCCCAGGCUUGGCAGCGCACAGGGAGAGCAGGGAGACAGGAGAGCGGCAUCUGCUACCGGCUCUACACAGAGGAGGACUUUGAGAAGUUUGAUGAAAUGACAACACCUGAGAUACAGAGGUGUAACCUGGCCAGUGUGGUGCUUCAGCUCCUAGCCCUGAAAAUUCCCAAUGUGCUCACCUUUGACUUCAUGUCCAAACCAUCUCCUGAUGCUAUUCAAGCAGCAAUUGAUCAGCUGGACCUGCUGGGGGCUGUGACCCAAAAGGAAGGUCAGCUUGUCCUGACCCCCCUGGGAAGGAAAAUGGCAGCCUUUCCACUGGAUCCAAAAUUCUCCAAGGCCAUCCUCCUGUCCCCCAAGUUCCACUGUGCAGAGGAGAUCCUGACCAUCGUGUCACUGUUAUCAGUGGACAGUGUCCUCCACAACCCCCCUGCCCAGCGGGAUGAGGUGCAGGCUGUCAGGAGGAAAUUCAUCUCCAGUGAGGGCGAUCAUCUGACCCUGCUCAACGUGUACAGGGCCUACAAGAACGUCAGCGGGCACAAGGGAUGGUGCAGAGAGAACUUUAUUAAUGGCAGGAACAUGAAGCUGAUGGCAGAAGUCAGAGCUCAGCUCAGGGACAUUUGUGUAAAGCUGUCGAUGCCGCUCGAGUCCUCCCGCGGGGACACCGCGAGCGUCCGGCGCUGCCUGGCCCACAGCCUGUUCAUGAACGCGGCCGAGCUGCGGCCCGACGGCUCCUACGGCACCGUGGACUCGCAGCAGGUGGUGGCCAUCCACCCCUCCUCGGUGCUGUUCCAGUGCAGGCCGGCCUGUGUGGUGUACAACGGGCUGCUGCGCACCAACAAGUGCUACAUGCGCGACCUGUGCGUGGUGGACGCGGAGUGGCUGCACGAGGCCGCGCCCGACUACUUCCGCAGGAAGCUCCGGACGGCCAAGAACUGACCCCUGGAUGUGGGACCAGCUGGCUCAGCUUUGCCUUGAAAGAUUUAUUUUUUUUAAAGUUUUAAUGUAUAAACCUGUUUUCUAUAGGCAGGAUCAUUUAAGUGUGCUUAAGGAAGGGGAUGGGUAUUUAUUUAGAUUGGAUUUAUAUGCUUUUUUCCAGAAUAAAGAAGUGAUGGUGAAAACCCGAA